AUGAGUGUUGAUACGUGUACAUAUUUACUCAUUUGGGUGAUCAAGACAUUUGUGACACAGUGGGAUGCUAAGGCAGCGUGUUACGCCCUUGGUGGAUUCCUUGCUCGCGUGAAAACUGUUGCCCAAAUGAACAUGCUUCUGGAUCUUGUCAAGAAUUGUCCAGGCUACAAUGUUGCCGAAUACUAUGUUGAUGGAAGCAAUGCAAAUGCUACAGAUUAUUAUGCACCAGGGGCGUGGACGUUUGUGGACGGAGACCCAGUCCCAAUGUCGGCAGACUUUUGGGGGCACGGAUAUCCAAAUAACCCAGACAUUACACACUGCUUACGUAUGCAAAAUAUAACUGCAAAUUACAAGUUGGAUGACUGCGAAUGUGCCCGUGUAUGCUACUAUAUUUGUGAAAAAUAG